GAAAAGUUGAUGCUCCGUUCUAUAAAGGAAAAGGAAAGCAAAAAAACACAAGCUUUUCCCUCCUUUAGAUUUCUUCCUUGACUUGCCCUCAAAUGUGCUAAACUACUUUAGAUUUAAAUCUUAAGCUCAAUUCAAACGUCGCAUGAGAGUACAGAAUAUUUAAGAGAGAGAGAGACUUGACCGGUGGGAGCAGUAAAUGGAAUUUUGCUGCUAAAAGAAAUAAAUUUAAGAUUCCAUUUUCAAUCCCACCCUUGUGUGGCCUAAAAUGGAGCACCAUCUUGAUAAACAGUGAGCUAGCAAUAUCCAGGCACCUUCAUCCUUGCCAACCUCCUUCCCGGCCCUGAUCCUAGCUAAGCUCACUUAUAUCUCUUGUCCAUUCUGUUUUCUGUCUAUACAUAUGCACCAUGUUUACGUGUGUACGAAUGUGUGCGUGCAGUAGUACAGUAAUUAUAACAAAAAAGAAAGAAGACGCAAGGAAGUGAGGAGUUUGUGCUAGAGAUGAUGAGGGUUGGUCAAACAAAAGAAUGAGAAGCAGAUCAUCAUGCUAGACAAGAAAGUAAAGAAAAGAUUUUUGCAGUCAUAAACGAAAGACGGCUAUGCUUAGUCACUUAAAUGAUCUCGCGGGAAAAAAAUUCUGUCAUGGAGAGAGCUGAAGAGAUUCAAGCCUAUCUCGGAAACAAAUUCCCUACCUGUGUCAAGCCCAUGCUCCCAUCUCAUGUUUCUGGGGGAUUUUGGCUGGGUUUACCAAGAAAGUUUUGUCAUCUGCAUUUGCCAAAUCAUGAUGCCAUAAUCAUUUUGGUGGAUGAAACUGAAAAGGAGUAUCAAGUAGUAUAUAUCGCAGAAAGGACUGGGUUAAGUGGAGGGUGGAGAGGGUUUUCAAUCGAACACAGAUUACUUGAGCAAGAUGCUUUGGUUUUCCAGCUGAUCGAACCCGACAAACUUAAGAUCUACAUUGUCAGAGCAAAUCGAUUAUCUGAAACAGAUGGUGCUCUUGGCCUGAUGCAUUUAUCCCAUGCAAAACGAACAGAUUUUGGACAAAACGUCCCUGAAGCCUUUUCCGAUGGCAGUUCACCGAUAGAUUAACGAGGAAUCUCUGAUGUUAACAGAUACUAAUCUCUGUCCCUCAGUAUAUAAAUCAAUCUGCGUAUGACAGUAGCUCAGAUAUUUUAGAAGAUAAAUACAGUUUCUUUCCAGUUAGCUCAGGAGUAGAACCAUAAAUGCUGUUUGCUAGCAAUUAAUAAUCCAUCUUUACGUACCA